CUCCCAUUAUCUUAUAGGGAGAAGCCCAAGAGAUUCACCCUUAAAGAGUCAUUACAGGUCAUUAAAGAGACAUUAAAUGAUGUGUUUGUAACUGCCAUGUCCUUUAAUGUUAGUAAAUGUUGCAUGCCGGAAACUCAGAACAUUGGCAGCUCGGCAACUCGGCUAUCUGGAAGGUCGGUCAGUUCGGAGGUUGGGUAGAUCAGCAACUUGGUGGGUCGGCAAAUUGGACCGGCUUGGAAGGUCGAAGAUUGUUGAUACGCCACGUGGAAGCUAUGUUGACCAAGUCUUGAAGAGCGACACAUGGUUCUUGUAUUGAUCGAACCUUGAAUUUGCCACAAGGCUUCUCUGUUGACUAGGUCAACGACCUGCCGCAUGGACCCUUACCUCCGUAUCACAAGAAUUCCCUUUAAGUCUAGUCAAAGGAGGGUGUAGGCGCACCAUGUAUUCUGUUCAACAGAGGUUCCGGUCGGGUCCAUGCGACUGAGUACCUCCAUGUCAAGCUCAUGGCUGAGUUAUAGUUGGAGGAAUAAGCAGCGACUGCCCCCGACAGAGAAAAUGCUCAAUCCGCGAUUAUGUUCAAGUCAGGAGAGAAUAAUAAUGGUCGAUCUCUUGACACCCGAGUACCCAUGGAGUCGGAGAGAAAAUAGUUCGAUCCACGACUAUAUCCAAGUCGAGAGAGAAUAAUAAGCUCGACUUCAUGACUCUCGAGACCGGUGGAGUCGGAGAGAGAAUAAGUCAAUCCGUCACAAUGUCCAAGCUGGGAGAUAAUAAUAAGCUUGAUCUCAUGAUUCCCGGGUACCGAUGGAGUCAGAGAGAAUAAUUUGGUCCACGACUAUGUCCAAGUGGUUAGAUAAUAAUAAGCUUGAUCUCACGACUCCCGAGUACUGGUGGAGUCGAAGUGAGAAUAAUUUAAUCCUAUGCCGACCUUCGCAAGAUGAUCGAUCGGGGAAGUGACAGAUGUGUUCACUGCUAUCGCUGGAACUGCAAGGAGAGGGAGAUCAAGUGGAUAAAUCACCGUUACUUGGAACACCGAUUGAGAAUCGUUGAGCUGUCCGAUCGUGAAAUACUUGUGAUUUUGGUUUAGCUACCGCUUUGAGAAGCUAAACCCUUUUGGACCUUUUGGUUAGCUUCCGCUCAGAGAUGUUGAGCCCUACUUGAGGAAGUUGAUCCCUUUUGGAUCUUUGAUUAGCUUCCUUCGGGAAGGCUGAGCCCUUUCGAACCUUUGAUUAUCUUCCGUUCAAGAAGAUUGAGCCUUCAGACCUUUUAGUUAGCUCUCGCUCGAGGAGGCUGAGCCCUUUCAAACCUUUAUCAAUUGACUUUAUUAUUUCCCUCUUGGGGAAGCUGAGCCUUUUUGGACCUUUGAUUAGCUUCUGUCCAGAAGGCUGAGCCCUUUCUGACCUUUAUUAGUUCCCGCUUGGGGAAGCUAAGCCCUUUCGGACCUUUGAUUAGCUUCCUCCGGGAAGGUUGAGUUCUUUCGGACCUUUGAUUAGCUUCCGUUCGGAAAGGUUGAACCCUUUCGGACUUUUUGGCUAGCUCCGACUUGGGGAGGCCGAGCCCUUUUGGAACUUUAAGUAGCUUUCGUUCGAAAAGGUUGAGCCCGACCUUUUGGUUAGCUCUUGCUUGGGGAGGUUGAACCUAUUCAAACCUUUGAUUAACUCCCGCUCGGGGAGACUGAGUGCUUUCGGAACUUUGUUAGUUGACUUUAUUAGUUCCCACUUGGGGAAGCUGAGCCCGUUCGGACCUUUGAUUAACUUUUGUUCGGGAAAGCCGAGCCCUUUUGGACCUUUUGGUUAGCUCCGCUUAGGGAGGUUGAGCCCUUUCAGACCUUUAUUAGCUCCCGGCUGAGAGGAGGUUGAGCCUUGAAGAGGACCUUCAUUAGCUCCCGGCUGAGGGGAGGCUGAGCCCUAAAGAGGACCUUCACUAGCUCCUAGCUGAGGGGAGGUUGAGCCCUGAAGAGGACUUUCACUAGCUCCCGGCUGAGGGGAGGUUGAGCCCUCGAAGGACAAUUGCUAAUGGUGGUCCAUGAAAGCUACAGAGGAGAGCAACAAUUCAUAUUCGAAAGAUAUAACCAUAUAUACUCAAACCUGAUGCGUAGUUUUAGGUGACCCCGCUCAGGGAGGCUGAGCCCUUUCCGACCUUUAUUAGUUCCCGCUUGGGGAAGCUAAGCCCUUUCGGACCUUUGAUUAGCUUCCUCCGGGAAGGUUGAGCUCUUUCGGACCUUUGAUUAGCUUCCGUUCGGAAAGGUUGAGCCCUUUCAGACUUUUUGGCUAGCUCCGACUUGGGGAGGCCGAGCCCUUUUGGAACUUAAGUAGCUUUCGUUCGAAAAGGUUGAGCCCGACCUUUUGGUUAGCUCUUGCUUGGGGAGGUUGAACCUAUUCAAACCUUUGAUUAACUCUCGCUCGAGGAGACUGAGUGCUUUCGGAACUUUAUUAGUUCCCGCUUGGGGAAGUUGAGCCCGUUCGGACCUUUGAUUAACUUCUGUUCGGGAAAGUCGAGCCCUUUUGGACCUUUUGGUUAGCUCCGCUUAGGGAGGUUGAGCCCUUUCAGACCUUUAUUAGCUCUCGGUUGAGAGGAGGUUGAGCUUUGAAGAGGACCUUCAUUAGCUCCCGGCUGAGGGGAGGCUGAGCCCUAAAGAGGACCUUCACUAGCUCCUAACUGAGGGGAGGUUGAGCCCUGAAGAGGACUUUCACUAGCUCCCGGCUGAGGGGAGGUUCAGCCCUCGAAGGACAAUUGCUAAUGGUGGUCCAUGAAAGCUACGGAGGAGAGCAACAAUUCAUAUUCGAAGGAUAUAACCAUAUAUACUCAAACCUGAUGCGCAGUUUUAGGUGACUCCGCCACUCUCCUAGAGAUGGAAAUAAUAGCUCGAUCCCUUAACUCCUGACUAUUCGUGGAGUCAAGGAGAGAAUAAUAAUAUCUGUCCCCCUGACGGAGAAAAUGACUCGAUCCCUCAACCCAUGAAUACUUAGAGUUGGGGAGAGAAAAUAAUGUGUCUUGAUCCCGCUGAAGAAAAGAAUAAUCCACUCCUGCUGAGAAUGAAUAACUCGAUUCCUCGACUCCCGAAUACCAACGGAGUCAGAAAGAGAAAAUAAUAUUACUUGAUCCCACUGAGGGAGAGAAUAAUCCACGAAUGAAUAACUCAAUCUCUCGACUUUCGAAUACCAGCGAAGUCGGGGAGAGAAUAAUAUAACUCGAUCUUGAGGGAGAGAAUACUUCGAUCCUGCCAAAAGAAUAAAUAACUCUAUCCCUCGACUCCUGAAUGCCCACGAAACCUGGGAGAGAAAAUAAUAUAACUCGAUCUCGUUGAGGAAAAGAAAAUAAUUGGAAAUCCAGCUGAACCUCUUGCGUCGACCGAGGAUUUGGAGAGUAAGGAUCUCGCUAGGGAGAAUACCCGUUGGCUUCUAGCAACAAUUGAACAAAAAUGACGUCUGAAAAAUUCUGCUCUCCUACUCUUGUCGCGUGGCGAUGACGUAUUCAUCGAAAUCAUAACUCGAUUCUCAACUAUGUCUGAGUCGAGGAGAGAAUAAUAAUUGUCAAUCUCCCGACUCUUGAGUACCAACAGAGUUAGAGAGAGAAUAAGUCGAUUCGCAACUAUGUUCAAGUCAGGAGAUAAUAAUAAGCUCGAUCUCACAAUUCCCGAAUACCGGUGGAGUUAGAGAGAGAAUAAGUCAAUCCACGGCUAUGUCCAAGUCGGGAGAUAAUAAUAAUCGUGUUUAGGGGAGGCUUACCGGGAUAUAUAGCAUCGUGCUCAAUCCGUGACUCUCAAGUAUCCGCGAAGUCAGGGAGAGGCUUAGCGACCCUUGUGUGAAGGGGAGGUUGAUUUUGCAACCGGGAGGAUCUCGACCCCGACUAUAUCCGAGUCGGGAGAGUCUGGGCCUAUGAAAAGGAUGCGGACGAUACGAUAUAUGCUCGACCCUUUUGCGAAGGAGAGGUUGAUAUUGUAGCCGAGAGGAUCUCGACUCUAACUAUGUCCGAGUCGGGGAGCCUGGGCUCUAAACAGGACAUUUGCUGCUAAAGAUCGUUGGUUCGAGACUAGGAGAAAUAGUCGACAGUCUCGAUGAAGUACCUUCAAGUAAAGCUGCGAGGAAAACUGCAAUUCAUAUUCAAAAUAUAGAACUAAAUGCGCUCGAACCUGAGGUGCAGUUUCAAAGUAUGUCUUGAAGAUAAUAUCUCGAUCUCUCGACUCCCAAGCAUCGGCGGAGUUGGGGAGAGAAGAGUAGUAUUGAUCCGAUUGGGAGGAGAUAAUAGCUCAAUCUUGUUGGAGGAGAGAAUGACCCAAUAAAAGUAAGUUAGCCUUGUUGUAAGGAUAAUCAUCAAUUCUUUAGUGAUAGAACUACAGAUAAGAAAGCUGAUUAUGCAUUCAUAGUUUUGUUCAGAGUCCUUCUCUAUGACCUUAUUACUUGGCCUUCAAGAUCCACUUUGUGUUCACCAUAACUCAGGAACAUAGAUAUAUUUGCAAAAUUCCACCUAACGAAUAUCGAGAAACUAUGACUCAAUGUAUUUUUAGUAGGUGACCACCGGAAUGACAAACUUUUGUCGAUUGGAUUUUUGCGUCGGGAACAAGCAAUGGUCAGAACUAUCACAAUUAUUCUCCUUAACCAGCUGUGAGAGAACGAAAAUUCACACCAAGAAGAAAUAGCAACUGAAGAGUAAUUGGAAGGUUUUGGGUAACUCCCAAACUUAGUUGCUUCAAUGAAACCUUCUGUGUCCUUCGGAUAUGAAUAUAUAUCAAAUAUUCUGUAGUAUUGGUAGAUCCCAAGGUCGUUGGCCGUUAAGGUGGUCCCUGCUGCAAGUAGCCAGAGGAAAUGCGGUAACAACUUUCUUUGAUUUUCCCUUUGUCUUGUGAAGACAAAGCACAAAACGUUCAUCUUGAGGGUGAGGUUCCUGAAGCCCAAUAUCUGGUGGAGGUUGGGGGCAGUUGUGUCCACAAGGUCGAUUGCACAAUCAUAAAGACGAGGUCAAUGCCCUAUCAGAAAUCAAACAAGAUGUGUGCUAUUCCCCAAAUUAAAACUGAUUGUACUUCAGCGUGAGUAUUUGCAGAGGAAUGAAUUCAGGACAAUGAACACUGAAAUUAUAAGGGGGCUUCCAAUAUGAGAUUGUGUUCGUGUGCAAACAAUAUAAGAAGAAGUUGAUGGCAGCUCUGUCGUUCCAAAGAAUUGCACAACGCAGUAGUUGUUAAAGCGUGAGUAUUUGUGGAGACAUUAGGAAUGAAUUCAGGACAAUGAAUGCCAAAAUUAUAAGGGGGCUUCCAAUAUGAGAUUGUGUUCCUGUGCAAACAAUAUAAGAAGAAACUGAUGGCAGCUCUUUCCUUCCAAAGAAUUACACAACGCAGCAGUUGUUUGAUGUUGAUUUUAGACUUGGAUUUCCAGCAUUGGUAGAGAAAUAUGCACGGAACUUUGGCAUCGCAUAAGAUAAUAAUUUCUAUAGGGCAGAUAAAUAUGAAGUCUAGUAGAUGAAUGUGAUGACCUCCCUUUCAUCACCUAUAGAAGAGGGGACGACCUAGGCGAGGCGAAGAUGGGGCAAGACGGCUCGAAACUUGGUCUCCACCGGGUCUUUGCCGUUGGAGGAUGAUGUGGUGACAAAGGCGGAGGCAGCAAUCCGCUUCCCCUAGCCGUGGAUGAGGCUGGGGAUGCUGCCGAUGCAGGUUGUGGAGGCGACAACCGCCACACUAAGCAGCAAUCGAGGGCGAGGGAUGGAGCCCAAGAGCCACCACCCACAUGGAAACUCUCCUUGAGGAAGCAGAAGGGGUGGGCAGUGACAUCAAAUUAGAGAGAUGCAUUGCUAGAGGCCGCGGUUACUGUCCACUGUCCUUUGGAUUGGUUUGCAGUGGUGAAAAAUCAAUAGAUAUGACAAGAGAGCUCUUCGACUGGACCCUUCGGAUUCCAAUUGAAGUAACCGCGAAAGAAAAAUAGCGGUCAUGACUUUUUCCCUUCCUCCUCCCUGCCUCGGGAGUCAGUAGAUCUUCAUGAAAAGUUUCAGCUAGGUGAUUGGGGAAGAUGAUCAGAGUAGUCGCUUAAUAUCUUUCACUUAUGUUCCUAUAGACAACGCCAAUUUGAUCAGGCGUGAAUAUCUCACCACAAUGACGUGGCGGCAGAAAUCCACUCUUGCGUCGGUCCAGAAAUCUUACCACGAUGACGCGGCGGCAGAAAUCCAUCCCAACAUUAAGAACGAUGAUGUCGAGUAGGCCUUCUCCUCAAUUUCUUCCUGUAGCACGGCAAUUUCCUACGAAGAGUAACAAACAUCAAAGGAUUCGCCGGGAAGCCUGGCGAGACCACUUCGAUGCCUAAGUUAGCAUGGAGAUUUGAUAGAGAUAAAGAAGAGAAACAAUGCGAAAAUGCAAUAAAGUAGAUCAUCUAGCAUAAUCAAAUCUGAGAGGAUAAUAGAGCCUCGUAGAUAGUCAAAAAUAGAAACCCCCGGACCCCCGGAGAGUCUCCUCCCCUUAUCUUCUAGGGAGAAGUCCAAUAAUAGGCCCGCCCUGAAACAGUCAUUAAAGGGAGAAGCUCAAGAGACUGACCCUUAAAGAGUCACUAAAGGUCAUUAAAGAGACAUUAAAUGAUGUGUUUGUAACUGCCAUGUCCUUUAAGGUUAGUAAAUGUCGCACGCUAGAAACUCGGAAGGCCGGCAGCUCAGCUAGCCUAAAUGUUUGUCAGUUCGGAGGUCGGGAAGAUUGGCAACUUGGUGUGUCGGCAAAUCGGACUGGCUCGGAAGGUUGAAGAUUGUUGAUAUGCCACAUAGAAGCUAUGUUGACCAAGUCUUGAAAAGCGCCAUAUGGUCCUGUAUUGACCGAACCUUGACCCUGCCACAUGGUUUCCACCACAUAGGCCCUUACCUCCUUAUCAAUGGGCAUAGAUGUUCAUGCAGUUGUUGCUGAGGAUGAUAAGCCGAAGUGGUGGGAGAAAACACCAGGGCCUAAUAUGAUUGAUGUUAAUUCCACAGAAGAGUUUAUUCAUGCACUUAGUGAAGCUGGUGACAAGCUUGUGAUCGUCGAGUUUUAUGGCACAUGGUGUGCCUCUUGUCGAGCAUUAUACCCAAGGCUCUGCAAAACAGUGGUAGAACAUCCAGAGAUACUAUUUAUCAAGGUGAAUUUCGACGAAAACAAGCCAAUGUGCAAAAGACUAAAUGUUAGAGUUCUUCCCUAUUUUCAUUUCUACCGGGGUGCAGAUGGGCUGUUGGAAUCUUUUUCAUGUUCCUUAGCAAAGUUUCAGAAAAUCAAGGAUGCUAUUAAGUUGCAUAAUACCGAUCGAUGUAGCAUCGGACCACCUGUAGGCGUUGGCGACAUUGACCUCUACGGCGCAACAACCCCACAAGAAAAGCCUGCUGAAGCUGCUUCAAGAUGAUCGAUCAUUCAUCAAUCAGAUCACUCUCCUAGGCAUACGUUAUAAUCUAAUCUCACUGUAUUUAUAAAAGUUCAAUUCCUGAAUGUAAACUGCCUAUUUGCGUCAUUCUUUCCAGUCCCAAAAUUUGAUAA